AUGAAGCGCAUGAUGAUACCAGCGCCCACGGUCCGGCGAUUUUCUUCCGCCAUUGCUAGAAACCGCACAUCGUUGCGAUGCCUCGCGGAGAGCUUCACCGCGACUCACGAUUUUGAGAUGCCCAGUUUCCCUCUUUUCGACCGCACGGGCGCCCACAGGUAUGUUCGCUCGAGCCGAUUCAGCGUCGGCGGCCACAACUGGGUCAUCGGGUUUCGCCCAAAUAGUUUCAACCAUGCUUCGGCCAAUUUAUUUUGUGUCGACCCAGCUCAGGAUGUGAGAGCCAGGUUCACCUUCAACAUGCUGGAGAAAGAUGGCGGGGCAUCGCUAACCAACCAUGGCGCGAUCGAGCAUGUCUUCUCGCCCAAAAGUGACUGCCGGGGCUACUUCAAAUUCGUCGAGAAAUCCAAGCUGGAACCGUCGGCCGGCGACAGCGGUGGCCACUCCCUGACCAUAAGGUGCGAUCUCACCGUCAUCACAAAGCCCGACGUUGUGGUUAACAGGAACAAACUAUUCUUGCUUCCGCAGCCGGAUCUGGCAGGCCAUCUGUGCCAAAUGUGGAAGGAUGGCCAGGGAGCAGAUGUGACAUUCAGUGUGGGUGGCCAAUUGUUCAAAGCUCACAGAUGCUUAUUGGCUGCAUGGUUUCUGGUUUUCAAGGCGGAGCUCUUUGGUCCCAUGAAGGAGAAGGAAACACAGUGCAUCAAAAUCGACGACAUCGACCCUGAAAUCUUUGAGGCUCUUCUUCACUUCAUAUACACAGAUUCCAUGCUAGUCGAUGAGCACUACAAAGAAAGCAAACCUGUGAUGUGUGAAAGUAAAUUGUCUCAGUGCAUUGACGUAGAGACUGUUGCAACAACAUUAGUUUUAGCAGAGCGACACCAUUGCAAGGAUCUCAAAGAAGCUUGCAUUGAGUUUAUGGCUCCAUGUAAUGUUCUGCAAGCUGCCAUGGCAACUGAUGGUUUCAAGCAUUUGGUAGCAAGCUGUCCUUUGGUCAUGAAGGAGUUAUUAGACAUGGUGUCCCGUAGUGGCUAG